AUGUCUGGCGCCAGAGAUAUCACUGUCUUUAAGCAACAAUACAACGUGGCUGUCGGGUAUUUCAACGAAGGCAACUACGAGAAAUGCAUUGCGAAGGCGAGGCUCACUCUUACCGACGACACUCUGUCUCGCUAUUCUCGCGUGAGGAACCUUCUCUUGAUAGUUUCUGCAGAGGACAACUGGUAUCCAACGGAAAGAUGCCAUAGGAGGGCCGAGAGGGUGUGGCACGCGGCGAACAUGCUCACGAAACCGGAUAGCGGCAAAGGACAAGCUGUACUUCGCAAGCUGCGAACGAAGCUGGACGAGUUGCGGGCACAUCUCGACGAGACGGCGCCGAGCGAAGUGGAUGAGGGUCGCAUCAUUGACGACAACUCUGACGGCGAGAAAUCCGACUCCGAGAGCGAGGAAUCUGGCUGUGAGAGCGAGACGUCUUAA